AUGGCGGAGAGCAAUAGCAGUGGUUUUGUGCAGCCGGCCAUUCCGAAAUUUGACGGACAUUACGAUCAUUGGGUGAUGUUGAUGGAGAACUUUCUCUGUUCCAAGGAAUAUUGGGAUCUCGUAGAGAAAGGGAUUUCAGUGGUGGUGACACAAUCUGUCUCUACGGAGGUGGAAACAGAACAAGCACAAGCACAAUGCAAAUUGGUCGAGGGGCAGAAACUGAAGGACUUAAAGGUAAAGAAUUACCUUUUUCAAGCUAUAGAUCGGAAUAUCAUGGAGACUAUACUCGACAGAGACACAUCAAAGAGUAUUUGGGACUCCAUGAAACAGAAAUACCAAGGCUCUACCAAGGUGAAGAGGGCACAGUUGCAAGCACUUCGGAGGGACUUUGAGACUCUCCACAUGAAGGAGGGAGAGACUGUUGAUAAUUUCUUUGCUUGUACUCUCACUAUAGCCAACAAAAUGAAGGCUCAUGGUGAGACAAUGAGCCAAACCACCAUCAAUGAGAAAGUUUUGAGGUCCAUGACUUCAAAAUUUGAUUAUGUGGUUUGCUCCAUUGAAGAGUCCAAUGAUUUGAACACACUGAACAUUGACGAGCUGCAGAGCAGUUUGCUGGUCCAUGAACAAAGAAUGAAUGGCCAUCUAGGAGAGGAGCAGGCUCUCAAGGUCACUCAUGAAGACAACACUAGCAGAGGAAGAGGUCAAGGGACGUUCAGAGGAAGAGGAAGAGGUCGUGGCAAACAACCGUUCAACAAGGCCACUAUCGAGUGCUUUAAGUGUCACAAAUUAGGACACUUUCAGUACGAGUGUCCUAGUUGGGAGAAGGGAGCCAACUAUGCAGAAUUAGAUGAAGGAGAAGAGCUGUUAUUGAUGUCUUAUGUAGAGCUUAACCAUGCUAAGAGAGAAGAGAUCUGGUUCCUCGAUUCAGGAUGUAGUAAUCAUAUGAGUGGGAAUAAAGAAUGGUUCUCGGAUUUGGAUGUUCAAUUCAGGCAAACUAUGAAACUAGGCAACAACUCAAGGAUGGCAGUUGUGGGAAAAGGAAACGUUCGAAUGAAAGUGAAUGGAAUCACUCAGGUAAUUUCGGAGGUCUAUUACAUUCCUGAGUUGAAAAAUAACCUGUUAAGUAUGGGGCAGCUUCAAGAAAAAGGGGUGGCAAUUCUGAUUCAACAUGGGGAGUGCAAAGUGUUUCAUCCUAGUAAGGGUCUAAUCAUUCAGUCUAAGAUGAGGGCGAACAGGAUGUUUGUUGUGCUCGCAGCGAUGAUGCCUAAAGCUACUACUUGUUUUCAAGCUGUGACAGAAGAUGAGAGUUAUUUAUGGCAUUGCAGAUUUGGACACUUAAGCUUUAAGGGGUUGCGAACCCUUCAAUACAAACAGAUGGUCAGUGGUUUGCCUUCUUUUAUAACUCCUACAAAGUUAUGCACAGCGUGUUUGGUUGGAAAGCAGCACGGGGAAUCCAUUCCAAAAAGAAGUCUAUGGAGGGCGUCACAGAAGUUGGAGCUGGUACAUGCUGAUAUAUGUGGCCCUAUAAAGCCUAUAUCAAACAACAACAAGAGGUGCCCUACUUUAGCUGUGCAAAAUAGAACUCCAGAGGAAGCAUGGAGUGGUAUGAAGCCUACAGUAGAGUAUUUCAGAGUUUUUGGGUGCUUGGCUCAUGUGCAUGUACCAGACCAGAAAAGAAUCAAGUUGGAUGACAAAAGCACUCAGUGUGUUUUAUUGGGAGUUAGCGAUGAGUCGAAAGCUUAUAGAUUGUUUGAUCCGGUCUCUAAGAAGAUAAUUGUUAGUAGGGACGUUGUUUUUGAGGAGAACAAGGGCUAA